GCAAGUCUUGGUAUCUCUGGAGUCUAGGCUCGUCCAGCCUCACCAGUAACCUCCACGAGGCGUGCAUAGCUUGACCAUUUUGGACUUCCUCGACGUUUCUAUUGACUGACCACCUCCUUUCGGGCGCAGUUGAUAUUCUCCCAUGUAUCCUGCUUUUCUUACAAUGCUUUGAAAAGGGUUUGAUGAUCUUCCUUUCUCAUGUCUAAUGUUUUUGGCCUUUCAUACUCUUGUCAUUGUCCGCAUCGCCCUGCUCUCUGUACUGGGACGCGUCAGAUCGUCAGAUCGUCGCCCGUUCCUUAUUUUUGAUCUGGAAGAGGGUCGAACGUUGUCAAAAAGUCUAUGUGUUUCAUCUGCGCGGUGGAAAGUAUUUAUACUGUGUUGUUUGAUAUUGGCCUCAAAGGGCCCUUCAUCGAGGUUGGUGUACGGUUAAUUUCGACCCCUUCGCCCUACCAUCUACCGCAUAUCCUUGGUUUUGUACUCAUCUAGUCCACCAUGCUAUUCUUCGCUUCAGCAACCACCAUCCUCGCCUUCCUCACCUCUACCACCCUCGCCACCAAACGCGGCCUCAUCUACAUCCCCCCCGCCUCCGGCCCCUCUGACGACCGUAUCUGGACCCAACCCCCCAGCCCCCUCACCUGGUACUACAACUACCAAUCCGAACCCACUCCCUCCCUCCACAGCAACCCCCUUCACUUCGUCCCCAUGCUCUGGGGCGCGCCCCCACCCCACCAACCCACCGCCUUCCUCGACGCUGUCACCGCGCAGCUAGCCCGCGGCGCCAACAUCACCCAUGUUCUCGGCUUCAACGAGCCGGACGGACCCCCGUCGACAGGCGGGUCGGCGCUCACGGUGGAAGUGGCCGCGGAGGCGUGGAUGGCGAAUAUGGAGCCGCUGCGGCGGCGGGGGGUGAAGGUCGGGUUGCCGGCGACGACGGGGGCGCCGGGCGGGCGGGCGUGGUUGGAGAGGUGGUUGGCGGCGUGCGAGGGGAGAUGUGGGUAUGAUUUUCUGACGGCGCAUUGGUAUGAUAAUAUAGAGGGGCUGGCGAGCCAUGUAGGGGAAAAGCGGCAGGUGUUCGGGGCGGGGAUGGCGGUGUGGGUGACGGAAUUUGCGUAUGCGCAUCAGGGGUUGGCAGCGACGCAGGAGGUUUUUAAUAAAAGUUUGGAGUACCUGGAUGGGUCGGAGUGAGUGAGGCGCUUCUACUUGCGGUGGUGGGAUUUCGGCGACUGACUUGCGGCGUCUAGUUUCAUCGAGCGUUACGCAUAUUUCGGCGCCUUCAGGAGCGGUGUCUCCAACGUCGGGCCGAAUGGGGCGAUGUUGACGGAGAGCGGAAAGCUUACUGACAUUGGCUCCUGGUAUCUUGGGGGUUCCGCGACGGGCAAUGUGCCGACAAGUUCGGGAGCAAGGGCCAAUGUCUUCGCCGGCUGGUCUGUCGUCGUUGUCCUUGUGUCUGCUUGGGGGCUUCCCUGAUGUGGUCUGUGAUCUGAUAUUGGGAUAUAUUAGUACGACUGGAUACCAAUUUGAGCGAUUUUUCUGGAGGAGUCUCGGACUGGCUUAAGGUUCUUAGUUGCCUUUGGAGGAGUGCGAAUUAGAGGUAUAUGGGACGGACGCCACAGGUCUGCUUGGCUGGGCACCUAUGAUCCUGCAGUCGGUUUUGUAGCCGAAUUCAUACUCGC